AUGUUGGAUAGUGUUUCAUUAGAAGUGAUAUCGCGUUUCAAACAGGCGAUUCUUACUGCCAAAUCAAUCUCAAAUGAUAAUGCUGAGAUUUCAUCUGGUAAUCGUGGUAAUAAAUUAUAUCAACCAUCUUCAAAUGCCUUAGAAUCAUUAACCUCUAAAAUAGUUGAAUAUGAUGGGGCUAAUCAUCUUGUUAUGACGAAUGAAAGUAUAGAGAAAAGUAACUUGAAUAAUAAACGGAGAUGGCAUGAUUUCUACGGACAAUCAAUUAAUAAUAUUGAUAAUGAUGUCGAAGUUGAUGAUAACAAUGAUGAAGAUGAAGAUGAUUAUGAUGAAAAUAAUAACAACAAUGAUAAUAAUGAAAAUAAUGAAGAAUAUGAGGUUACAGCAGCAGAUGAUGAAAUAGAUGAUGAUUUAGAUGAUCAUCCUUUGAAAAAGAUAAAACUUGCUGAAAUUUUGGCACCUUUAAAUCAUCCAUCAGAAGUUGUAUCUCAUCCUUCCAUACUGAAAACUUAUAAGUCUCCUAUAUUCAAUAAAUUAGCUAGUGAAUUGAUUGAAUUGAUUGAGGUUGAACAAACCAACUUGAACUGGUUGAAUAAAUUAUUACAAGUUUUGAAUGGUGAAGAUUGGUUUUAUCUUUUAGAAGAAAACUUGGGUUUAGAAGAUUAUGAUCAUGGAUUGAAUGAUGAAAGAGUUCCAUCUACAUCAGCAGUUAAUACUAUUUCAACUAUUGAAUCAAAUGAAAGAGGUGAAUCCAAGCUGAAAGAAGAUGAACCAUCAAGCAGCACUGCUGUUAUAACAGUUGCUACUGAAGAACCAACGGAAGCAGCAGAGACUCCAGUUAAAGCAGAAAAGGAACCCCAAUCGGCUGAUGAUGUCGACCCUUUCUUUGCUUUGCCUCAAACUUUAAGAAAAUAUGAACAAUAUCAAUUAUCAAUGAAUAAUGAAGAUCAACAAAAUGAAAAUGGUAAUGAUCAAGAAUCAAAUUUAAAGCAAGAUUUAAUUAAUUACUUACAAGUCAGCAUUCAAAGACAACAAGAAUAUAUUAAGAAUUUAAGUCAAUUAAGAAAUGGUAUAGUAAGAGCUGAUAGAUUAAAGAAAGAUAUCUAUAAAUGGGGUAAGGAAAUGCAUGAUAGAAGAAGUAGUUGA